CAUCCAUGUCUUCGUUAUUUGACGAGUUAAUCGUUCGUAGCUACUCGAGGUCGAUAUUCUUAUCGAUAUUCAAGUAAUUCGAUGUUUGAAACUUUGUUGCAGUGUAAUCAUGGCAUCAGAGCGGUACAGCUUCUCAUUAACAACUUUCAGCCCUUCGGGCAAAUUGGUGCAGAUCGAAUACGCCCUAGCGGCAGUGGCAGCCGGUGCUCCGUCUGUAGGAAUUAAAGCAUCAAAUGGAGUUGUUCUUGCUACUGAGAACAAACACAAGUCAAUUCUCUAUGAGGAACAUAGUGUCAAUAAGGUUGAACUCAUAACAAAGCACAUUGGUAUGGUGUACAGUGGUAUGGGUCCAGAUUAUCGACUGUUAGUGAAACGUGCAAGAAAGAUGGCUCAGCAGUAUCAGCUUAUAUAUCAAGAACCUAUUCCAACUGCACAGUUGGUCCAGAGAGUUGCUAUGGUCAUGCAGGAGUAUACACAAUCUGGUGGUGUUCGUCCUUUUGGUGUGUCCCUUCUGAUUUGUGGCUGGGAUGAAAACCGUCCGUACCUCUUCCAGUGUGACCCCUCAGGAGCAUAUUUUGCUUGGAAAGCAACAGCAAUGGGGAAGAAUUUUAUUAAUGGGAAAACAUUCCUUGAAAAAAGAUACAGUGAAGACCUCGAACUUGAUGAUGCAGUCCACACCGCUAUAUUAACACUGAAGGAAGGAUUUGAAGGACAGAUGACAGCUGAUAACAUUGAAGUUGGAAUUUGUGACGCUGAGGGAUUUAGGCGGCUUGAUCCAUCAACUAUUAAGGAUUAUCUUGCAAAUAUCCCAUAAUUUUAUGGAACAAUAAGUUGUUGAAUGUGUUGUGUGAAAAUGUUACGGUGGGAUGUGCCCUGUUGUCAUAAUAAAACACUUUUAUACAAGUGA